CAGUUUUAUAGAUUUCAAGAACUUAUCUUUGUCAUAAUAAUAACAUUAUCGAUUUCGGAAAUUCAUUAUGGGAGAUUAUAACAUCAAGUCUGUUGCGGUUAUUGGAGCCGGAGCUGCCGGUGCUAUUUCCGCAGCAGCUUUGAAAGCAGAGAAUUACUUCGACCGGAUACGAGUGUUUGAACGGAGAGAAACUCCUGGAGGUACUUGGAUCUACGAUGCCGACCCAACAGUCGCUCCUAUUCAGCCUGGGGGACUCCCAGAAGAUAUUGAUAAGCCACUUCCGAUUCCAGAGAACCUGCCGACCACGACGUUUCCGAGUCAACAAGAGAGAUACGCCCAUACUCCUAUCUAUCAGAAUCUCACAACUAAUGUGCCUCAAAUCGCAAUGUCCUUCUCGGACCAGCCGUUCUCUUAUGGGCCAUUCGUUCCGCAUUAUAUUCCUCGCCAGUACAUCGAAACAUAUUUUUCCACCCAAAAGACUGACGAAUACUUAUCCCUCAACACUACAGUAGAGGAUAUCUCCCAGCUACCUGCCGCUACAAGAGGAGGACUAAAGUCUUGGAGGUUAACAUUAAGGAAAUAUGACCCUCUACGACACGUUGAUGUAUGGUGGCAAGAAGACUUUGAUGCCGUUAUACUUGCCAACGGGCACUAUGCUAUACCCUGGGUUCCACAGGUUCAAGGCUUGGGGGCAUAUAUGGAGAAGUUCCCUGGCAGAGUAAUACACUCCAAAUUUUAUCGCUCACCUUGGUUGUAUGCCAAGAAAAGAGUUCUUGUUAUUGGAAAUUCUGCGUCUGGUCAUGAUAUAGCAGUGGAUCUUCUACAGUCUGUCCAGCAACCGCUUUACCAGUCACGGCGAUCACGAGGGAGGUUAGAUGGCGAUGAACCUCCUCUCGGGAUGGAGUGGAAGACAGUCAUCAAAGAGUAUCGACUGGAUGGUACAAUCGUGUUCGAUGAUGGGAGCGAACUCAAAGACAUUGAUCACAUCCUUUACUGCACAGGAUAUCUUCCAUCCUAUCCAUUUUGGAACAGCAAAGUGAACGGCCGACAGCUAUUUGACUACAAAAAAAGAAAGCUUAUCAACAACUACUGGCAUACCUUCUUCCAGGACAUCCCCAACCUGGCAGUUGUCGGUAUGCCUCGCGUCUUGACAUUUCGAAGCUUCGAAUAUCAAGCCAUCGCACUCGCACGACUAUUCUCAGGAAGAAACUCGAUUGCUCUCCCACCAAAAGAAGAACAAAAGAAAUGGGAACUUGGCAGAGAGAAACUCUGUAAACAGCAGGGAAGAAGGUUUCACGAGAUAGAGUGGGAGACUGGUGAGACUUUUGCGUGGCUGGAAGGUUUUUUCAAGAUUGCGGGCCUAGGAACAUUAUCCGGAGAGGGCAGAAUACCUCCUGUUUUGAGCAAAGACCUUAUCUGGGCUAUCGAGCAUGUGAGAAAAUACCCAGGUCCGGGUAAGGAUGAUCACGACAAGAUGAGGGAAGGGUCUCAAUCUGGACAUGAUGGUUGGGAUCUGGUUGAAAGCACUCAUAAGGAUAUUUUGUCCUUCAUUUAGAUACGAGAUAUGCCAAAUAUACACAAGUGAGACC